GACGGACUGCAUAUAGAGUAGUUUAACUCAAUCGUUCAAAGCCUGAGACAACGACAGCAACAUAUAGAACUAGGGCAAACUCCCUCGAAAAAUGUUCAUCGAAGUCAUGGGAGGAGCUUUGGCUUUGGUGGUGGGCGUGUACCUCUGGUUUCAAUGGCGAAUGCGAUAUUGGGCGGACAGAGGGGUGCCCUACGCUUCUGACGUGACUUUCCCCGUGGGCAACGACUUUGUGGCUCACAAAAAAGUUUUGCUAAGGCAAACCAAUGUGGCGUAUGUGGUUCAAGAGCAGUACGACCGUUUCAAAACCCAGCCUUUCUACGGCGCCUUUGGCCCUUUUGGAUCUCCCUCCAUCGUGAUCAUCGAUCCCACUCUAAUCAGGGGCAUUCUUGCCAAAGACUUUGAUCACUUUGUGGACCGUUUUGGUGACCUGAAUCCAUUCACCAAUAACAAUGCGGAAACCUUCACCGACUCGAUUUGGCAAAAGCAAUUACUGUUUCUCAAGGGUGAAUUGUGGAAGGAUGUUCGAUCCACGUUCUCGCCCAUUUUCACAUCCGGAAAGAUGAAGUUGAUGAUGCACUUCAUGAAAGCCAUCAGUUUGAAAUUGACAAACGAGAUGGGAAAAUCCGCCCAAGGGAAAGUGCCCAUCGACUUGAAGGCCAUCUUUGGGAAGUUCAGCAUGGACACGAUCGCCACGUGCGCCUAUGGAGUGGAUUCGGGGUCGUUCUUGGCCAAAGACGAGUCGGAGUUUGUGAGGAAUGCUAAGUCGGUCUUUACCAGGACCGCCAAGGAUCAAUUGAAACUUUUCUGCAGCCUUAUCCCGGGCUUGAAUUUCAUUUGCAAGACCAUGAAGGUGAGUUUCUUCAAACCCGACGAGGCCAUGUUCUUUUAUGGCGCCAUCUCGGCCACCAUCAAACACCGAAUGGAGACCCAAACCCGCAAGAACGACCUCAUUGACUUGAUGAUUGAUGCCAUACACGCCAAUAACAAACCUGUCGAGGAUGAGCUCAAACCUGAGGACUCUAAUCAGUAUGAUCAAGACUCACGGCUGAAUCAUAAGGUCAAGACGGGGGCUAUUGAUGAGCUGAUGGUUGUAGCCACGGCUCUCAUCAUUCUGGUGGCGGGAUACGACACCACGGCCAUGACUAUGACCUAUUGCGCUUACCAACUGGCCAUGAACCCGGAGGUGCAAGAUGAGCUCCUGGCCGAGAUUGACGAGGCCAUGAACAACUUGGAACACGGCCAAGACUUUCCCGACUACUCCACCAUAAUGGGCAUGCCCUACUUGGAUGCGGUCCUGCAAGAAACGCUCCGUAUCCACACGCCCAUUCCAAUUUUGCGACGCGUCUGUACCAAAGAAUACAAGAUACCCGGACACAAUGUGGUGAUCCCCAAGGGGUCGAAUGUGACCAUCCCGGUGCAUGCUAUCCAUUACGACGAUCGCUACUAUAGCAACCCUAAGGAGUUCAACCCCAAAAAUUUCGACGUCAAUGUGGCCAGACAAAGGCCGCCUUACACGUUCCUUUCGUUUGGUCAAGGCCCUCGGAACUGUAUUGGCAUGCGGUUUGCCAUGCUGGAGGCUAAAGUGGGGCUCAUUGCAGUUUUGAGUAGAUAUCGCUUUCAAACUUGUGCUCAGACUCCCAAAGAUAUUUGGCGAGCCUCCAACACGUUCUUGGGGAACCCGAACCAAACAUUGUGGGUCCAGAUGGAGGCCCGUUGACAAUUAGACCAAUUCAUAGCUAUGCUGAUCUUACGGAUCAAAUGAAGUUCGUAUACAAUAAAGGGAUUGGGAGAAACCGACCGAAACAAUGGUGAAAAGAGACCAAUGAAAGAAUCACUCAUUGUUGGCACGCAUUCUGUAUUCGCUUAUUCUUUAAUACUUCAAUUGCGCAAUAUAUAAGGAGCAGUCU